GUACAUAAGGUCUAAGAAAAGAAGCGCGAUAGAAAUUGUAUGCAUAGCUUUAACGUUAACUUGUGUUCUAAAAAUAUUAACGUCUGGUGAAGGCUUUUUUUGUUUGUGUCGCACGUGAUAAUUUUAGAUUUGAUAUAUAGGACCGUCGUUCAACUGACAACAGAGAAAAAAACUUUAUGAAAUGGGCGAUGAUUGCGGCGCUUGCUUCGAUUGUAUUGCUUGCUGCUGUACUAAUAUCGGCGAAUGUGGCGAAUGCGGUGAUUGCAGUGGAUGUUGCGAUUGUGGCAAUUGCGGUAACUGUGACUGCGGCGACUGCACCAGCUGUGGCGACUGUGAUAUAUGUAAUUGUGGCGAAAGUUGUAAGGACUGUGAAUGUGUGGGAUUCCAUGGUUGCUGUGGAGACGAAUUAUGCUGCCAUUGCUGUGAAUGCAAUGCUUGUUGCGGAGACGCCGGUGAUGUUGGUCAUCAUGUUGCGGCUCAUUGGUGGCUUUGCUUUGUCGGCGAUUCAUGUGACGGAUGUUGCAAUCAACGCAGACGUCAGGAGCCCCAGGAUGUAUACGUAGAUAACGCAGCGCCUGUCCUUACACCAUCCUCUGUUGUAACCGCCCAGCCCCCAUCCUAUGAAGAGGCCUGUGAAAAUGUUGUUACGUCGCCACCAAUGAAAUCAUGACAUACCCUAGUAUCAUUUUUGCAUUUUAUAACGAUCAUAAAA